UAGUCUGUAGUUUCUACACGAACACGGACCUCACUGAGGCAAGGAACGUCACCGUCAAAACAACACGGGUAAUACCGACGGAAGAUUUAUCGUCUUAUAAUCUGUGAUGUGCAGUAGCUGAGCGAAACUAACCCUUUGAACUGUAUCUAACCGACAGACGCUAAACUAACAGAACAUCAAAUCCUACAGAACGAUGAACUGACUUCAGCACCUCAUUGAGAACUUGACAAAGCAGAACGAAGGAUAAUCAUGUUCAGUUUUCUUGGAUCCCGCAAGGACUCAAAGAAGUCAACAUCUGACAAGGAAGUAGAUGGGGGCUUUGUUAUCAUUGGAGAGACAGUUGAGGAACAGAGGCAGAAGAUGCAGAUCAUGAACAUCACACAGCCUUCAACAAAUGUCAUAGUGCAGCCAUCAAGGUCAUCCUGCCCAACUCCAGCUCAACCCACUGACCCAAUGCUCCCUGCUGUUUUACCUAACAUGGGUCCAGUAGUGGGGCCCCCAGUGGAAGGAGCAGCUUCCACUCUCCCAGAUCUCCUGGGGGAUAUCCCCUUCACUUUGGCUCCUCAUGUCCAGGCCAUGCAGGCGGGUUUCACCUUUAUCCCUGAUGUACUGCUAUCCCGUGACAUAAACUACAACUUGGCCAAUUUUCAGUAUGACUUCACUUUAGAGAACUCUGUUCUUCAUAAUGCCUAGUUUUUUAUUUAAAUGUGAUUAGUAGCUCACACUGUGGGAAACCUGGCUGAUAGUUUAAUAUAGCCAGUUCUGGAUUACAUAAGUAAUUACAGCUCUAAAACAUUUAACAGGAAAAUUUACUAUGUAAACCAAUCAAACCCUAUUAAAAUUACAUUAAUUUAAAUAUUUAUAGAGAUGGAGCUCUGAAUUUCUGUAAAUAACUUCAACGCAGUAAAGUGAAAUGAAAUCAAAUUUGACUAGGUACAACUAUUUUAAGUGAAAAGUUAACAGUUUUCUAGUAACUGUAUGCCCUGAGUUUCCUCCUUCCUGUUUCACUCUCGCUUUGAUUGUAGUUUGCUGCCGUUUACUUUCAUUGCACAUAUGGGAUUUGAAUCAAGAUGGGUUUAGUCAUCAUGACAAGUUCUAAUGUCAAAUGUGGGUGCAACUGAGGUGUUGUGAUGGUUAAGACUGGAACUAAUGGGAACCCCUGCACACGACAAUGUAAAUAGAGUGAACUUCAAUGUGUUACAAUGUCACAAUUUGGUGUAAACAGUUAAAGAAAGCUGGGCUCAAAUUUAUUACAGCUUGAGUCCCAUUUUUGGAGCUUUGGUCAUCAUUUAUGUCAGCUAUGAUCACAUACUCAGCUGAGUGACUGCUGAGAUCUGUGAACACAGCACUAAAACAACUCAGUCAGUGCAAAAAACAGUCACAGACAAGAGAUAAGCGGUUACCCAAAUUAUCUGAAUUGCUACAACUGUGUACACAGUACAGUAGGUCAAAAUUGGAUGGAGUUUGUUAAACUGUCUUGGAUGUUGAAAAAAAUUGUAGCGAUGAUUUUACAGCUCAUCUCUGCCAAAUAGAGGGAUGGUCUAAAAUGUGUUUAACCCUUGGAUGCAUGGCCAACCAAUACCUACACUCUUCCAUGGGUGGGGUCAAAAAUGACCCCAAUUGAAAUCAAUGCUUUUUUGCAAUAAACUUGAGACAUUUCUUUCAUGUUGGUUAGACAUUAUAUAUUUUGUUCAACAAAAGAGUAUUUUCAGUUUUGAUAUGUUCUUUCUUCACUUUUAUUUCAAAUUUUAUCACAUAACAAUCACUGAAACGGUAUCAAAACAUGUGUAAUCUUCCUCUGUAUUUUAAAACAGACAGAGGGACACAUAAAUUAACAUUCAGUAACAAUAAUCAUUAACAUUCAUAACAAUCAUAACAUUCAAUAACAUUCAUUCAACAUUCAGGUUCAGACACAAACAUGUCUCUUCUCACUCUUCACAGCUUACACAGACUAUUUUCUUGUGGCUGUGACCAUUGCAGACAAGGCUUUUGCAUUUCCAACAGAAGUUGGUGGCUUUGCGGUCUUCGCACACACACACACACACACACACACACACACACACACACACACACACACACACACACACACACACACACACACACACUAACCCAUUAGGUAGCCUAUUAUAUGAUCAUCGAUUAUUCAAUGGUGUAUGUGUGUGUGAGAGAGUGUGUGUGUUUGUGUUAGCUAACAAUACUUUAGCUAUCAAUCCUGUUAGCUAAGAUACUGUGUAAUAACAGUGCAACAACAGUGUAUGAGUGUAUGUGCAUGUGUGUGUGUGUGUGUGUGAUUGUGUUAGCUAACAAUACUGUUUGCUAAUAAUAAUGUUAGCUAACAGUAUUGUUAGCUAACAGUAUUGCUAGCUAACCACAAACUAGGCAAAUUUCACAGAUAUUCACAUAAAAUUCACAUCUUCUGUCAAUGAAAAAUAAGUUCAUAAAUGGAGAUAAUACUUACAUGUAUAAUGCUGUGCAAAAAUGACCUCCCAGGUGGUGGGACUGCUGACAUCAGUUGUAUGAGGGACAGUAAAUGUUUAUUUACACUCACAGUUGCCAAGAACCAAUGUUAAGUGAAAUAUCCCAUUGGAAAUACUUGGGGUCAUUUUUGACCCCGCCCAUGGAAGAGUGGGGUACUGAUACAAAAAUUGAAUCUUUUUUAAAUUAAUGAAAAAAUGAAUAAAAAUGCAAAUGGCAUCAUGUCACAAACAUGUUUUAUGAGGAAUACCAUACUCCAUUGUUGAGAACUGAGGUUUCAAAACUUUUAAUCUUAAAGAUAUUAAGGAAUAACAACCUCUGGGGUCAAUUUUGGCCCCACCUAUGCAUCCUAGGGUUAAUUGUCUGCCUACUAAAACACUGCUACCCAUCUUGGACAUGCAGCAUCUAGUUGUGUUUUUGCUUUUUUGUGGCAAAUAGACAAACAAAAACCCGAGGAGACAACGUUAGAGUUGUAACCUAUGCAAUGCAUUAACUUGGCAAGUUAACUGUAGUCAAGCAUUAUUGCAACAUCAGGUCUUUGGUCGAGAAUGAGGUCUCAGAUUUGGCAGUACGCAUCAUGUUUAGACAAAAAGGUAAACUUUCAUAUAUUCUUUAUCAUUAUUAUUAUUAUUAUUAUUAUUAUUAUUAUGUCCCGGAGAGGACAUUAUCGACAAAGUCAACACAGCCAUCUACAGGAGAUUUUAGAGCACUUCCUGCUUCCAUCUGCCAACAAGCUAAAUGGUGAUGCUGAUUUCUUUAGCUUAGUUUAACUUGGCUUCUGCCCACAGUGCCAAAACUCUUACCAAAUGGUUUGCUGACCAUGAUAUCACUGUGCUUGACUGGCCAGGCACAUAACCUAUUUGAGGUACUGUCAAGAUUAAGAUGACAACUGAUUCAAAAAUGCAUGCAGGUGAAGGUUGUAAUCAAAACAACCUGGACUUUGAUUACACCAAAAGCAAUCUGUCUGCUCUCCCCCAUGUCAUGCCACAUUGAUGCAGCAAUCCAUGUUAAAUGAGCCCCAACCAAAUAUUGAAUGUAUGAAGUAGCGUACCUUUCAGAAGUUGGGCAUUUCUGCAAUGCAGUGUGUUUGUGUGUGUGUGUGUUUGUGUGUGUGUAUAUAUAUAUAUAUAUAUAUAUAUAUAUAUAUAUAUAUAUAUAUAUAAAGUUUUAUGUCUUUACCCUCAAAAUAAGGUGGAUUUUAUUUCCCUCUGUUUCAUGGUCCUCGUGUUGCCACUUGAUCUUAGGGCAUUUUAGGAUGGGGACCCUAGAUGAUAAAGCAAUAACAUCAUUUAAAGCUUAGUCAUUGGACAAGGGAAAAAAUUGUUCCCUCCAUUUGUGUUAAACCUAAAUCUUUUUAUUUAUAAUCUUUGGAGUAGUCUUUUUAUGCAAGAACUGCAACAUGUAGACACCGAACAAUAAAGUGAAAUGGACAAUUUUAAUUAAUGACAGCUUUUAUGUAAUCAUUUGACAUGUUGCUAUUUACAUUAUUAUUCAACAAUAUGUAUUGCAAUAACACCAUGUUUUGACUAUGUUACAACUGAUACUCCUUUCCAACAAUCACACUUUUGCUCCUUGAAUAUUGCCUUUUAUUUUAGUCCAGCAGAUUUUUCUGUUAGGUUUAGGCUCUUGUCUUACAUUUUAUGGCAUGUAAUAGAUAAAUAUGAAUUACAUUAGCUAUAUCAUUGCUAAGCUGGUUCAUCAUUUACUUGUUGUGAGCUAUGACAGCAUGUACUGUACACAUUAUUUACUGCAAAGGUUGAGCUACAUUACACUUUUUUGCAUUCAUACAUUGAAUGCUCAGGAUACCACAAGUCCUAACUUUGUUUUAUUGAUAGAAUACACCACAUAAUGUGCGGACACCUGUCAUUGUUUAGAAUUCAACAAGGGCUUCAUCCUUGAUGCUGACAUACUGUAAAUUGUCAGAGUGGAGCCUUGGUUUACCUCAAUAAAAAUCUUAGCACUUCCUCCAUAUUGAUCUGCUAUCUUUCUGCAGCUUCCUCAGCACUAAUUCAACAAUCAGCCAAACUAGAAUGUCAUGCUUUUCAUUCACUCAUGACUAGCUGCUGUUUUUUGUGAUUGUUAAGCUACUGCCAAUAAAACCCACAAUUUAAUAUGAGUAUCAAUAUUUAUAAGCCUUUCCUUUUCUCUCACAUUUGCUUAAUGUUGAUUUUUUUUUUUAUGGUAAUGAAACCAGCUACUAGAUGUAACCCCUGGCCUUCAUUUGUUAAUUCUGGUUAUUGUUUGAGUCUUGGCCUUUAUUAGAGUGGCAGUUUGAUGUAGGAAUUUGAAGUAACUGCAUCAGUCAAGUUACAAACACUUGUGCUUUGUUGCUGGUAAACAUUGUACAAAUGUAUAAAAUUCAUCUUUGUUAUUUUGCACAAAACUCAGUGAGGAGUACUUAAUAUAAAGGGAGCAACAGACCAAUUGCAUCUCUUUUUAAGUCCUGUUCACUGAAUUAUGUUCUUAACUGAUCACAAAGUUUAGCGGAAACAAAAUCUUUCCCAUAUGACACUCUAUUUUUUGUUAUUUUGUAAAUGAAAUCUUUGUAAAAGAAGAUAUUUUUCUGAGAAGAGGAAAUACAUUUGUACAGUCAUUACUGUACCCAGAAAUAUACAAGAACCUGAAAUAAUGAACAGUCAACUAAACAAUGGAUUAAUUGUAUGUACAUGAUCAAAUUUCAGUUCCUCAACCUGCCAUGCCUCUUAUUGACUCCCACUAAAAUCUUUUCUUUGUCCAUGUUAUUCCCCGAGUUGUCUGUUGAUGUUGACAAUGUAUGAUUGUGGCUGUGACUGUGUAUGACAACUUCCUUUACAAAUAAAUUUGCCGUUUGACUUGUAA